AUCGAAAAGGUUAACACUGAUCAGGAUGCUGUUCUUAUGGAAACAAAUGAAAAUAACAAUGCAGAUGAUAAUACAUCUACAACAACCACUACGAAAAUACUCAAAAACAAAUCUAAUAAGAAGGAACAAAAUCAUAUCAGAUCGUCAGAACCUUCGAGAAAAAGGGAUCUGUUAUCAGACAAUGAAACAAAAGGUGGUCAUCACCAAGAGUAUUAA